ACGUGAUUCAAAAGUCCAGCAUCCGGUCCAUCUCAACGCGAUGAGGCCAGUGUCAAAGACAUAGACACAAAGACGACAGCAAUAAAUUCCCUGGGGCCAGCGGAUUAUCUGGUGAUCGCGGCUUAAGAACGACCAUAAUAGCAAUUGUUUUUGUUGCAAUUGAUUGGAUGGACAGCCGAUUAUCCGUUGCACGAAGCCCAUUUGUCAUUCCAAACCCUUGACUGUUUCAGAUUGGCGUGUACCUCGCUGGUGGUUGUCCUAUCCACCGGCGACACACACCCUUCUCCUCCUCAAGCAGCUUUCUUGCCCCGACGCCCGGUGGUUCUGCUUCUUCACUGGCCCCUUUGCUCCCUCUACAAAGGGCUAUUUGCCCAGCAGAACUCCUGACUCUGCCCAAGUGCUAUCCUUUCCCAACUACAAAACCCGAUGUCGAUGUCAACUUAAUGGCACCCUCAGUUGCUAGGAUAUAACACCCCUAUUAUGCCGCUUUUAGGGGCCCAUUCCUAGCUCGUGAAGGAGUUGGCGACGGCCAGAGCUUUUGAUAGUUCUUUCCCCUCCUUGAUGUCCUCAUCACUCCCUUCGUGGAUUGAGUUGCAAUGCUCGGCAUCAUGACCCGCACCGAGGAUACUACCCGGCCGCUUCGAUCAUAUCGUAGUGACACAAACGAGGACACGAAGGAGUUUACCUAUCCCCCGGUACUUCCUGCUUCCUUUGAACCAUCCAUCCGUGGGGACACCCGCUCUCAAUCCCACAGAAAGAUACUCGGCCAAGAGGAGACACUUGAACUCAUCAAGCGGGCUGUGGAAAAUGGUUUGCAGGAAACGAAGCGGUCGUUGGCUGGGAGUGAGGCGGUCGAUGAUGUGGUCAGACCCAAGCUGACGAUUGACUUGGGCCAUUCUAAUAUUGGGUGGAUUCCGGAAUCGAUGGUCGAUAUUAUCAAAGAUGAAGUCGCGAGAUUAUCCCUGUCCAACAACCAUAUUGACCAUAUCCCACUCCGGUUUUCAGAAUGUACCCACCUCCGGUAUCUCAAUAUUCGGGCGAAUAACUUCACCCAGUUCCCCAAAGGGGUGUUUAAUUUAAAUCUUCUCGAAAUCCUGGACCUUAGCCGGAACAAAAUCACCAAAAUUCCAGAAGACAUCCGGAAUCUUACGUCAUUACGGGUCCUUUCUAUCAUGCAGAACCUCCUUGAUGAUUUACCGACGGAAUUGGCAGAUAUGACCAAGUUGCAAGUCUUGAAGGUCUCAGGCAACGCACUAAAGUAUCCUCUAAAACGAGUUCUCGAACUCAAAGAAACGGACGUUUCGGCGUCUGAGAUGACAGACAACGAGAAAGAAACUGCGAUCACAGCGGAACUAAAAAUAUUCCUGAAAAAUAGACAACCUGUAACACAUAUCGAAUUUGAUGUUGGCAGCGAGAGCAGUGAAACCUUGGUCGACACCCCGAAACCUUUAAAACGUGGGAACCGGUUCCCCGUGAUUCCAAGAACAAACGGGUCCGAGUCUGCACACUCAUCCAGAUCUCCUUCGCUGUCACGACCACCCCCAAUCCCGAUCCGCUCUCAUCAUCGAAUGGCGUCUGGGCAGAACGGUGUUUUACACCUCGGGGUAAACUCACGCUCAGGGUUUGCGCCAUUUUCGGGAACGAAUGAGCGAAAUCGAAGCAACAGCGAAGGCUUGAUCGCAGGGCCAGGUGCAUCUCGAAAUAGACGUAUGGGCUUAAUUACCAGGAAAAACACAGACCUAGGAACGCUAGACGAGGGACGACCAUAUCGUAACAGCCACCUACGUGGUUUGAGUCAUGGAUCUAUCUUGCGAUCUAAGCCUGGUGGUAUGCCCGGAGGCGGUAGCAGCUCAUCCAGCCCCGGCAGCCCGAGAGACCGGAGAAAGUUAAAGGACGGUUUUGUUCGCCGGAUGUCGAGUCUUCCAGAACAUCGAGUCAAAGUGAGAGCACAGGAUCCUAUCAUCGAGGUUGCAAAAGGAAUACUAUAUGCCCUAUACCAGCUCCAUCCCCAUGUUUCCUUGUUGAUACAUGUGCUCAAGGGUGAGGAUGCAAGGAGGAAUAGUCUUGAGAUCGUUUUCUACAAUGCCGCAACUCAUCUGGAGCAGCUAGAUGACGCGUUAACAAGUGCAGAACAAGGCGACCUGCAAGACGCUGAGGGGGCAAUAAGAGCUUGCGAGGUGGUUAAACGCGAGUGCGAAACUUGUAUCAUGGCCUACAUACAUGUUGGCACUCAACUUCGACUCGUGGUCAGUAGGGCUGUCUCGCUCGGGGAUCCCAAGUUCCUCCGUUCGCUAUUGCUCAUGAUAUUUGGGAGCCUGACUGAACUUCGAAAUGCUUGUUCCCACCUUGGUAUUAGCUUUCAUUCUGAGCAAUCAACUCUCUCUGGGAAAAUGAACCGAGCCUCUUCAUCAAUAGCGAACGGAGAGGACCCUGUUGACGCAGGCGAGUCAAUUGCAACCCCCACUAGAGACAGACACCCACCAACCAGGCGAUUACGCAGCGAUACUACCAUUGUGCAUCCCAUUGUCGUUCCGAACUCAAACGAUAUGACCUACCAGCGUUCAAAUCAAAGCACCACUCCCGCGCAAUUCAACGCUCCAUACACAGUACCAUCGGUACCGAUGUCGCCCUUGAACUAUGGGGCCCGAAGUAGGUCACGCAGCAGAUCCAAUACCCGUUUAGCUUCGGGGCCAUCAUCAUUAGCGAACACUCCCCGGUCCGUCGAAACGUUCGGCGCAAUCAAUACCUCAUCCUCUGGUCGCGUCAACACAUUCGUAGGUCUAGAUGAGGUUGAGGUAGAUCGAAUAUUCGAGAAGAUAUUCAUUCAGCUCUCAUCCGCCUGCACAGCGGCGCUGCAUGCCCUACCCUUAGUUGCACGGCAAUUCACCCAGUACCUUGAAUUAGCCGAAGAGACCGGAGCUCCGGAAGAACUACAAAUGCUCUGGCGCAGGCUAAUUCACCGGUGCCGUGUCUGCCAUGAUGUCUCCGAAUCCCUCCAUAACCGCCUUUCAAACAUGAAAUUGAAAGAACCUGGUGAUGGAACACGGAACCAGCGCGACUUUUGGCAACUUUGCAAAACUUUCAUACAGGCAUUCAUCGAGCUAGUAACAGACAUGCGGGAGGCGAGGAAUUUUCACUUGCUCAACCCAGAAGUGGUCAUUACACUUCGUCCUGUGCAGAAAGCAUGCAGGGAAGCUGGCCGUCUGAUUGAUGCUUCGCCUUGGUCCUACCUUGCCGAACUGAACACUUCUAAUCCCACGCCAUUCUAUCCACCUCACAGCCAAACCCAUCAUUUCCAACACUUCACCAAUUCUUCGACGUCGACAAUGUUGAGUGUGGGCUCGACGCUAACCAACGGAUCAUCACAGUCCGUACCGCUACCUGCAACACCAUUAAGCGCUGCGCUUGGUCCAGCAGCUCAAGCAACGGUACCAUCAACACCUGCGAGCGCGUAUAGUGAUCGAUUCUUCGCGGGUGACGUGUUCCAAAGAGCAGACUCUCUGCUCAACACGGCGAAUCCGGCACCGAUAUUUGCGCGUCGAUGAUGCCAUCAUACAACAUCCUCCUGCUCAGUACCCUCAUCCCUGAUUUAUCGCUGUACAACUGUGCAGGCACAUUCUCCUUCGUGACUCAUGUUAUAAUGCUGCCAUGCGAAAACAUUUAUCUUUCUACGAAUAUCCCGACAUCUAUGCUCUCAUGUUAUAUUAGUGCUACUUUCAUAUAUUGCCAAAGUUGGUAAAACUUCAAAAUCGUUUCUUGGUGUUAAAGCGGGGGGGAAAUACUGCGUGUGAUUACGUUCCUCGGGGUCCCUCACUCAUGCCUUUAUAAAUACAUAUGUCUAUUUGCUAUUUGCUACUACUUUUUACGGAAAAUUGCAUUGCGUCGGAGAAGGUUUUUCUACUUCAAUUUCCUUUCCUAUUUAUUUUUGCUACAAACAAUAUAUAUGGGGAAGACCGCCUGGGGAGAACACUGGAGAAGAUGAAGGGGCAAAGAUAUGGCUAAGAUACCUGGUUGUCUUAUUUAUUCUACUGUUUUCUUUCCUUCCUUGUUUUUGCCGUAAGUUCAGGGAGAGGCGCCCUGAGACCAUUGACUGGUAGCGCCCAAAAUUUAUUUUCAACAACCGUUUUACAUAUCUUACUUCAGACUUUGCCUUUAACAAAAAAUAGCUAUCUAAAAUCCUACUAUUUUGGUACUAGAAGCUACAAGUUCCCUAGAAUAGCAAAAGUAGUAUUGUGUAAAACUCAGCGCCGUUUCCACCAAGCCUCUGAUACAAUCGAGAGUAUUACAUGGAGAAAAGAAGAAAACAUACAUAGCCCAACUCCCUCACUCGCCUCCUCCUAGAACAACUUCCUUCACAUACCAAAACAUCUCCUCCGGCUGAUCAGAUGGCACAACAUGUCCCGCUUCAUUAAAAAGAUGAUAUGUCAAACCGCGCUCUGCAGCCCAUAUGCCUGCACUAGAGGUGUUGGUCCCAUCAUUUGGAGACGAUUUUAUGGAUCCAGCACCACUGCUGCGGUUGCGAAAACCAAAAGGAGUCCCGGGACGUCGCUGGAAACCCUGAAGUCCGUUCCAGGUCAUGUUUUGUAAGACAACCUCGGCAGCUAUGUGGUUGACGAGCAUGUCCAACUUGCCAUGGUAUAUGUGCGUAGAGAUAUUGUGUGUCGAGAUCAGUUCUGGUAUGAUGGAAUAUGCCGGCGGUGGUGGGCGGUUGAUCGGGCCCAGAAGAGACCGGAUAAUCGCGCUAUUGCAUCCUUGAAACGGAUAUGGUUUGUUCUCACUCUUCGUGCUCUUAUCCUUGGGGUGAGAUUGCGGAAUAUGCAGGGAAUUUUGGACGUCUGCCCGGUUUAAAUAGGCAGUUAGGGCAUCCAGGGGGCUGAAGGUGUUGCAAUCAUAUUUGAUGUUGUAUAGAUUAAAGCAGUCGUGUGUUAAAUUGGAACGCGUCUCAAAGUAGUCUGCCGCAGUAGAGAAAGUCGCACAUGGCCCGUGACAAGUUGAAUUCAAAAUUGAUUCCAUCACGGCGCUAGGUGCCGUCGGGUAUAUGUUGCAUUCAGCCAUUGGCCCGACAUCACUGUCCGAUGGCGCCCUGCAAGGUUCGUCACGCCUAAAGUUCAGGUUCUCUGGGUUUCCUGGAACACUUAUCGG